GGGGGCGGGGGGAUCAGCUGCCCGCGCACGGCAGCGGGGCCGCGCCGACACGGUGGGUCCGAGCCGCGGGUGGGGUCCCCGGUACCCCCAUCCAGCCCCGCAUCCCCGCUCCCCGCAUCCCCGCCCGGGAUCCCCCACCCCACCCCACCGCGCUCCCCGUCCCCACCCGCACCGCGGCCCCCCGUCCCCUCCCUGUCCCCUCCCUGUCCCCAGGGGUGUCCCCAGGGGUGUCCCCAGGGGUGUCCCCAGAGGUGCCCCCAGCCCUCCGUGGGGUGUGGGUGCCAUCCCCCGCCCCCUCAGCUCGGGGUGGCCCCGGGGCUGAGACCCCCCGGCGGGGCCGUGGCGCAGCGGCGGAGGCUCAGCCUGCCYGCGGGGGCCUCUGCUUUUUAUCCAUUCCUUUAUUUUUAUCAUUAAUUUUAAUUUCCAUUUUUAUUAUUAAUUUUUAUUGAUUUUUAACCCCUCCUCGCCCCGCCCGGGGAGCGCGGGAUGGGGGUCCGGGGGCGGCCCCCGCUCUGUCCCCCCGGGGGUCGCUGCCGGCGGUAGGUGUCCCCCGGGCUGUCCCCACCAUGGGGCAGGGGACCGCGGGGCUGGCCGGGGUGCCCAGCCUGGCCGGGGUGCUGCCAGCCGGGACCCCGCUGCUGCUGCUGGACGUGGGGCGCACGAUCCCUGCCGGGGGGGAUGCUCUGAGCCACGCACGGGGCCUGGAUUGCUGGGAGGUUCGGAAACACAACAGCUCCGAGUGGUGCCACUUCAUCCGGAGCAACCCCGACUGCCGGCUCGACGGCGGCUUCCUCGACUACCUCGAUGGGGUGUUCUGCGUCUUCCCGCCCCGGCUGCUGCCCCUGGCCGUCACCCUCUAUGCUCUCUGGCUGCUGUACCUGUUCGUCAUCCUCGGUGUGACAGCGGAGAAGUUCUUUUGUCCCAACUUAUCAGCCAUCUCCACCAACCUGAAGCUGUCCCACAACGUGGCAGGUGUCACCUUCCUGGCCUUUGGGAACGGGGCACCCGAUGUCUUCAGUGCUGUGGUGGCCUUCUCUGACCCCCGGACAGCGGGGCUGGCGAUCGGGGCCAUCUUUGGUGCCGGCGUGUUCGUCACCUCAGUGGUGGCCGGGGGCAUCGCCCUGGUCAAGCCCUUCACGGCCGCCUCCAGGCCCUUCCUCAGGGACGCCAUCUUCUACAUGGUGGCCGUGUUCCUCACCUUCAUGGUCCUCUACUUGGGCAGGAUCAGGCUGGCAGAGGCUCUGGGUUACCUGGGGCUCUACGUGUUCUACGUGCUCACCGUGGUGCUCUGCACGUGGAUUCACCGGCGGCAGCGCGGGGACGGGCUGGCCCCUGCCGGACCCUGGGAACCAGAGCUGCCCACAGAUGUGGAAGAGCCGGAGUCCUCGGGCACCAACAGCAGUGACUACGGGGAGGAGUACCGGCCCCUGCUGCCCUCCCGGGAGAGCUCCCUGCGCAUCCUGGCCACGGCGCUCAGCCCCUUGGACCAGCGCAAGUGGAGGAGGAAGCCCUGGUACUGGCGGCUCUUCAAGGCCCUCAAGGUGCCCGUGGAAAUGGUGCUGCUGCUCACCGUUCCCGUGGUGGACCCCGACAAGGAGGACCUGAACUGGAAGAGACCCCUCAACUGCCUGCACCUCCUGACCAGCCCCCUGCUCUGUGUCCUCACCCUCAAGUCGGGCGCCUAUGGGCUGUACCAGAUCCAGGGCAUCUUCCCAGUCUGGGCACUGGUCACACUGGUUGCCUCUGCCCUGGCCCUCAUCGUCUUCAUGGCCACGAGCAACGAGGAGCCACCCAAGUAUCACUGUGCGUUUGCCUUCCUGGGGUUUUUGGCCAGCGCCAUGUGGAUCAACGCCGCCGCCACGGAGCUGGUGAACAUCCUGCGCACCCUGGGYGUCAUCUUCCAGCUCAGCAACACYGUGCUGGGCCUGACCCUGCUGGCCUGGGGCAACAGCAUCGGGGACACCUUCUCCGACCUCACCAUGGCCCGGCAGGGCUAUCCCCGCAUGGCCUUCUCCGCCUGCUUCGGGGGCAUCAUCUUCAACAUCCUGGUCGGYGUGGGGCUGGGCUGCCUGCUGCAGAUGACCAGCAGCCAGCCGCUGGUGAAGCUGGAGCCCGACAGCCCGCUGGUGUGGGUGCUGGCGGGGGCGCUGGGGCUCAGCCUGGUGUUCUCCUUCGUGACGGUGCCGGCGCAGUGCUUCCAGCUGGGAAAGGCCUAUGGCRUCUGCCUCAUCGCCUACUACCUGCUGUUCCUGUGCGUGGCCCUGCUCACCGAGUUCAGGGUGAUCCGUUUCCCCACGCCCUGACACCCCAGGGCUCUCACUCUGCCUUCCCAGCAGUGAUGUCCCCUCCCUGUCCCUGGUGGGGACAAGGACAGCUCAGCCGUGCUGCUGCAGGUGCCAGCCCAGCCUCAGGCUUGCUCUUCGGAGAGGGGAGGGUUCGGGGAAGGGGCUGUCAGUGCCCUCAUCCUCUCUUCACUCUGUUCAAUCCCUGUAAUUUAGGGAACUCUGGGCAGGAGUUGAGCCCUUGGCGGUGUCUGGAGGGGAGGAUGGGGAAGCUCCAGCUCAGGGAGGCUUUGUCUCCUCAGUUGCUGCCCCUUCCCCUGCUCAGCUCCCUGCAGCCRCCCUGGCAGAGCUGGGGCAGUUGUGCCACAGGGGGUGACACUGCCACCAGCCCAGGCACACAGAUUUGUCCUUGGGAAGGACAUCCCUGCUGGCAUGGAGCUGGCACAGCCACACCGGGCUGAGGGGACACAGUUCAGUGCAAGCCAAGCCUGAGGGAAAACAAACCCCAAACCAAGCAAGGCUGGUUUCCCCUGCUGUUUUUUAGCGAUGUUUUUUCAACCUGGUUUCAGAUCCUACUUUUUCUCCUCCCCYUGGGGUGGGCAGAGCUGUAGGAAAGGACUUGGAGGUUUCCACACACAGUGUUGACCUCUGGCAGGACUAGAUUUAGGCACUGUAAAAAAGUUGCAAUAAAAAAAAAAAAACAAACACAAACCCAACCUUGACUUUUGCCUGGCGCCAGGGCCGCUUCUGCUCUGUGCUGUGACACAGCCCUUACUCAGCACGGAGCCUUUGGAGGGGAGAGGGAACAGCCAGGGCUGAGGCAGCAGAGGACCCAGGGACRCCCAGAGCGGUUUUCCCGAGGGAUGGGGAAGUGGUUUGAUGUCCCAAGAGCAGUCACAUGUGUCACGGUCACUGCACGGGUCAGCACGGCUCGGUCCCUGGGGACAGGGACACCUGCAGGGCUGCCCAUCGUGCCAGGGGAAGGYUCCUGCUCCCAGGGGAGUGGAAUGGACGGGCUGGUGUGCUGCUCCCAGCUGCAGGGUCCACAGGACACAAAUUGUCAUCCCAGAGGGACAGCCACAGCCCUGCCCUGUGGGAGAGGGGRGUGUUGUGCAAGCCCCACAACUGUCAGACCUGGUUCCUUAUCCUUUCCUGACAGGCCCAGAACAUUUCUCCUUUUUCUAACAGAUACCAGCAGCUUUCACAAAACAAAUAACGCUCCCCGUGCCUGCAGCCAUUGGCUGUGCCCUGGGCCUGCCGGGAGGAGCUGGGACACAGCCCCCAAUUCCUGCCACAGGCAGGGCUAAAGCAAUGGAAACCACGGCAAACGUCCCAGGGCAGAGGCACAAACACCCCUCCCGGCCUCAACACUGCGCUGGUGCAGCUUUGGAAAACCUAAUUCUGAGCAAGUUAUUUUGAUGUUUAGGGAAAAUCCUGGCAGGGGAAGGGUAGAAGGGAAGCUGGGCUCUGUAAUGUCCUGGAAUGCCAAGCAGGUAAAAUAUUGCCAACAAAAGCACUUGCCACUGGACAGGGCAGGCAGGCUCCUCUUGAAACCCUGGGAAUGCUCCAGCUCGGCCAAACCCCAUCUCUGGAAUAACACGGGGAAAGAGGAAAGGAAGCCUUUACAAAGCCGAGGAUGCUCUUUAUUAGUGCCUGA